UCCUGGUGUGUGCUGCUUUAAUGAGUGAGUGGGUGGGAGGGUCAGGCAGUGCGACAAAUAAGGACACGGUUCCUGCACGAGCUUUCAUUCUCACUUUUAUUUGCAAGUGUGUUUUGGACCCACAGCUGCCUAAAUGCGCUAAUUAGCCAAACAGGAUUUGCUUUUGCGGUGUUUUUACGCUGGAAUAAUAAACUUUCUCAGCAAAUGUUUUCAAGGGGCCCUCUCUCAUGUGCCAAAGACAACAUGAUUCACUGUCUCAGAUGGACUGUUUUCCUGUGGAUUGUAAAUUCCAUUCCUUUUACUUCUGGAAUGACAGUGAAUGAGAGAAUAGAUCAUACAUGUCCACCCAUGAAGCUGGAAGACAAGUGGGAUACCAAUGUAAACAUUCAUAGAGAAUUCACAGGGUUUGAUUUAGCUGAGAAGUUUCUUCUCAGAAAAGGCACGGUGACAGACAACAGGCUGUUGUUGAGACUGGGGAGUAAACCGUUGUUUAAACCAACAGAAUCUGUGUUCCCAAAUGGACUUUCUCAUGAGUACUCCAUUAUUGCCACGUUCCGGCUCAGAAAAACCACAAAGAAAGAUCGCUGGUUUGUUCUGCAGAUCUUUGAUCAAGAUGGAGAUACGCAGGUCUCACUAAUAGUGGAUGGAGCUAAAAAAACUGUUGAGUUUUUGGCUCAGGGUUUUCUGAGAAACAGCCUCCUUUACGUGUUCAAGAACCGAGACCUGCAUGCCCUCUUCGAUCGACAGUUUCACAAGCUGGGUGUGUCUGUUGAGAGCAAUGCGGUCUCUAUCUACCUGGACUGCAAACUGAUUGAGCGUCAGGUGACAGCUGAAAGGUCUGGCAUGAACGUGAGCGGACGCACAUUCAUCACCACUCGAGUGGAGGAUGGCCGUCCAGUGGAUAUUGAACUUCAGGAGAUUCUGAUCUUCUGUGAUGCUAGAAUAGCCGACCUGGACAGAUGCUGUGAUUCUCCUGGAGUUACGUGUGAACCUGUAGUGACCCACAACCCCACAGCGGCCCCACUGGUCACAGGAUACCUCCACAGAAUGCUGUCAAUGCCAGCCCAGCUGCCCACCGACCGAUGCCACUGUCCUGCUCUGAAGGGGGAUCAAGGGCUUCCGGGUUUGGCAGGACAUUCUGGACAAAAGGGAGAUAAAGGAGACAUGGGUUUGAAAGGUGAUCCUGGACCUCAAGGCCUACCUGGUCUCAAAGGUGAUAAAGGGGAACCAGGUCUGCCAGGUCUGGGAACACUGUCGGUUGAACAGCAAGCUCAAAAAGGGGACCAGGGUCCCCCAGGAAUUCCCGGAGAAAGGGGAGAUGCUGGCCUGCCCGGUCAGCCAGGAGCACCAGGGAACGAGGGCAAAAGGGGUCGACGGGGGAAAACAGGAGAACGAGGGGCUCCAGGACCACCGGGUCCACCUGGAACAUGUGAUGCUGAAGCUAUCAAGGGGAUGAAGGGUGACCCGGGUGUUGCAGGAAAGGAUGGACUGAAGGGCGAUAAAGGGGAUCCUGGUUUGCCUGGCCUGGAGGGAGCCAGUGGAAUAAAGGGGCAAAAGAAAACCUUCAGUCAGAGGUUCUGA